UUUCACACUCUCUCUCCCUCCCUCCCUCUCUCAAGAAAGAUAGCAGCAAAGAUUUAGAAUUUAUUCAGGAGGAAGAAAGGCAAAAUUGCCUAACUUGAGAAGCUUCCAGGGAAAUGCCCUUGUAAGAAAAUCACACACAUAUUCCCACCCUUGCAACUCUUAUACUUGAUUUUUGUUUUUCACAUUCUAAGGUCAACAACUAGAGGAACUUGCACUCUUUGAAACGUAUGUGAAGGUGUUUGUUGUCUAGUUUUGGUUUCUCUUGAAGUCUUGUAACUUGGUCAAAGAAUAUUGCACCGACUGUCAUUGAAAUGGGAGUUAUUGCCUAUCUGUUUUUUUUUCCUUGGUCUUUGAGAUUAUGGAAGGAGAAUAAUCUUUAACCCUAAAAAAGUGAUAGACUUUACUAGUACUUGUUUGUUUUGAUAACCAAUUUGCCUUCAAACACCCCCCCUCUUUCUUCUCGUUUUCUUCAUAGAAGAAAGCCAUUGCUAGUUUUUGCUACCCUCCUUUGAUUUUUACUUCUUCUUAGCUGGCUAAUAUUAGAUCUUUCCGAAGGAAAAGACUAGAGUUUUUUUUUAUUAGGAAAAACAUGGAGUUUGGGUCAGGUUUUAGUGAAGAAGAUCAAAUAAGUAGAGGAAAAGGACUCCCUUUUUCUUCAUACUCAUCUUCUUCAUCUCCUUCAUCUUCUUCUUCUCAUCAAAAAACCCAACUUGUGGUCCCUUUAGGCCAAAUCUUUGAGAACCACCAAAUGGGUUCUUGGUUAGGCAACAAGUAUGACCAAGAAGAUCAAGAUACAUCAAGAUUUGAUGAGAGUGGAGCUUCCACCGCCGCAAAACUUGACCUUAUGGAUGUCAAUGAUGAUGAAGAAGGGGGCCGAGGAGAAUCUAGCUGUGUGGUGAUAGAAAAGGAGCACAUGUUUGAUAAGGUCGUAACUCCAAGUGAUGUAGGAAAGCUAAAUCGCCUUGUGAUCCCAAAACAGCACGCAGAGAAGUACUUUCCUUUAGAUUCAUCAUCGAAUGAGAAGGGGCUUUUAUUGAAUUUUGAGGAUAGGAAUGGUAAAGCUUGGACAUUUAGGUAUUCGUACUGGAAUAGUAGCCAGAGCUAUGUUAUGACUAAAGGUUGGAGCCGUUUUGUGAAGGAGAAGAAGCUUGAUGCUGGUGAUAUUGUGUCGUUUCAAAGAGGGGUAGGUGAAUUGGGUAAAGAUCGUUUGUACAUUGACUGGAGGCGCCGGCCGGAUGCACCGGACCACGCCUCUCACCACCAACUCUACCACCACAACCUCCCUUUCUCAUCAAUCCCUUGGAGCCCUUUACUCAUGCGCCCGCCAACAGCACCAAUUUUGCCAAGGGACCACCUCCACUUGUCUAAUCCUAAUAGAAAUGCCUAUUACAAUGUUGGUGGUAGUUAUUAUGGUCAUGGAUAUGGUAAUUAUAACAAUGUGGUAAACCCUUGUUCAUCUUCUGAGUCAGUUUUUUACAUGAGAUCAUCAGCAGGAGCAGCAGUUGAACCAACCCCACAACAAGUUGGAAUGGGGAUGGUGCAAUGGCAGCUAGGAGGAGGUGGGGUUGUCGAGCCAGUGGUGUAUGAGUCGGUGCCGGUAGUCCAAGGGAAAGCAGCGGCAAAGAAACUGAGGUUGUUUGGUGUAAACAUGGAUUGCCCCAUUACUGAUCAAUCUGAUAACUAUGAUCGCAAAUUGUCCUCAACAACAACAGCAGCAGCAACAUUACCUCAUAAUGCUACUAUUGCAUUGCAGCCUACUCCUCAACUUGCUUCACAGUCUCUGCAACAUCCCCUCCACCAAUUGAAACUCUAUAGAGGCACCCCACUACCAGAACUGCCACCCUCCAAUACUCAAUUUCUCCACAAAGGGAAGUCAUCGUCAUCCUCCUCCUCCAUGUCCUUGGAUUUAGAUAUCUGAGAUUAUUGACUCCUCGUGAGGUCCAAAAUUCUAAACUUUGCCAUCAAUAAACACAACAACAAGGUCCACACCAAGACAGCUAGCUAAUUUGAUCACUUCCUUUACAUUAGAUUUCUUCAUUUCUUUUCAUGCUCAACAAGACCCCAUAAAUCACAAAUGUUGAUUCUUCACCAGUCAUUCCUUGAUGAUGAUGAAUAAAACAGGAAUGAAAAGGAUCUUAUCAAUGAAUUAAUAUUGCUGCCCACAAAGUACACAAGGGAAUUGUUCAAAGCAACGAGGGUUUUUCAAAGGAUUUAUUAGCCAGCUGCCAGAAAGCAAAAGAAACUUUGAGAGAGCAAUCUAUCUCUAGCAUCUGCCACCGAUGUUUCAAGUACUAUCUUUCUUUUUCACUUUGUGUAAAUAUAUGUAGUACAUGUCAAUAGAUAUAGGCUUAUAUCAGAGACAUAGAUCCAUCCUUGUUGCCCAAGAUUCCAUGAUUUCUUUUCUUUUUUGUAGGGCCUGGUUUCGUUUUCCUCAAUAUGUAUCAACACCAUGGUUUCCCACUUAUUUUAUUAGAUUCGAACAUCUUAUAUUCUCUUUGGGCACUAA